CACUCCGCUGCUGUUUGCAUGUAGCCUGUUAGCCUGUUAGCUUCCUGAGUGUCCUCCUCUCUCACUGGCAGAUAAACUAGCUUUAUUCUCCAGAACAGAAGCGAGCAGCUGACGACUCAAGCUCCAGACUACGUCCAGGUUCGCUUCUGUGUUAACCCGAAGAAUAAAAACAUAACGGAGUUGCUCAUGAACUCAACCAGGAAGCGACCGUUAGCCUAGAGGAAGCUGCAGCUCAUCUUCUGAAGGACCGUUUUCCUCUCAUCUGUCAGCUCGUCCGGGAGCAUCGAGGCUGCUGCUUCCAUUCCCUCUCAGCAGGAGCAGGCAUGGAGGUGCUCAUCUGUCCCAGUAGAAGGCCCUUCCUGGUGUGGACCCUUGUAGUUCAGCUGGUCCUGUGUUGGAGUGUGGUGUUCGCCACUGACGGCAUCAACAACUGUAAAGUGCUCUAUAACUCCAAGUCGGACCAGAAGGUCCUCAAUCGACUGGCACCGCUCACCAAUAAGAACUUUACAGUAGACUCCCCGGACAAAGAAGAGAAUUACAAGUACAUAUUCCAGUUGUGUGGAGAUGCAGGAGGCGUUCAAGGAGCUGGGCUCAUUCAAGUGGACAGCAAGGGAACAGAAACCAAAACAACGGUGAUUGGACUGUAUAAUGCAACGCAAGCCAUUGGGGAUGUUGACUGGGUGAUGUUGAUCUACAGAAAUGGCGACCGAUAUAAUUCCCACUGCUCCAAUGAAAUGAGAAAAGCCUUUGUUAUGAUCUCAUGCAACAGGAAGGUGGAUAUGGGCCAGCUGGAGGUGCUUCGGGAGGAGAGGGAGCGGGAGCAAGACUGUUUUUACAUGUUUAAGUUGGACUCCAGCGCGGUGUGUCCAGAGCUUUCAUCUAAGCUCAGCUCCGGCUCCAUUUUACUCAUAAUUGGGGUUUGUCUUCUGGCUGUUUACCUCAUUGGAGGUUUCCUCUACCAGCGGCUGAUUGUUGGCGCCAAAGGGAUGGACCAAUUUCCCAAUCUCACCUUCUGGAUGGAAUUUGGUAACCUGACAGCGGACGGGUGUGACUUUGUCUGCCGGUCAGGAAAUCGCGAGGGCUCCCCAGCCUACAGGGCAGUGGCCCCAGAAGGUUUGGAGGAAGAGCCAGAAGAGAGAGAUGACCACUUACUACCUAUGUGACCUGAAUAUGUCAGAAAUGGGACACAAUUUCUCACUGUGUGACACACUUUACUCUUUCACAAGUUCAAUGAAACUGCUGUUAGACCCACGUCUGUUUUUGGUUUGUUUGUGUUGGUCAGGACCUUCUCACAGUUCAUGUGUAUUCCAGACAUGUGCCUAGGACAACUUCUGAUCUGCCUGUCACGUAAAGGGCAAAUUACUCAGAGGGCUGAAAACCUGCUUUUUCUUUUAAAACCAUGAAUUUCACGCUUCAUGUUUGAAAUAAGUCAAUGAGUAAUUCAUCCUUGACUGCAAAGUGACAAGUGUGAUGUUUCUUACGUGGAAAUUAGAGAUUGGAUUUCUACGUUAUCUCAACACAGUGACAUAUUGCUCAUCUUAUUCUGCUUAGCUAAUCGCGUUAUGUGCAGGUUGCAGCAAGCUCUUCUUACUGGGGGUGUGGUUUUGCACUGACAGUUGCAGGUUACAAAACGCACACAAGUUAUUUUGCUUGUGUUAUCCGGCUUUAAUUUGUUCUAGGUUGCUUUAAAAAGAAGAGAUUGAAUGUGAGAAUGUAAGAGCUUAAUUUGAAGUGUUGUGAAUGGUCUACACAAAUAGAAAUCACUGCAAAAUCCAUAGCUGGAAAGACUUAGGUUUUUAGUUUCCCUUUUCCCAAAUUACCAAGAAGAGCUUCUGCGUUCGUUCAAAUAUCUAUAAAUUGGUAAAUAUUCUCGGCUUCCUGACUAAAAUGUAAGUUUGAUUGUAACUAAACGUCCUCUUCUUUAAUUUGUCAGAAAGGUCAACAAUGCUGUUAAAGUCUUAUUAAUUAACUCUUUCAAAUAAGAGACAAUUGGAAGUCAUUUGAAGAUUUAUUCUGCUAUUCAUAAUUUAUGAUUUCCAAAGUAUGUUCUGUUUAUGCAGAAUAUGUACAUAGUAAGUUACAUUUCAUUGAAUAAUGCAUAUUAUAGUGGGCAAAGUCAUCUGUCUACUUAUAUGAUUUGUAGACUCAUGUUAGACCAAAUUCUCAGGCUGCUUUUUUUUAUACAUAAAGUGGCAAAGAAAGCACUUAACCUUUAGUCUUGUAUCAAUAUAAUAUAACUGCCAAACGUUAUAGUUUAUUGAGGAUAUCAAGAGUAAGGUUUGUAAUAUUUCUACAAAAAUCUAUUGUAAUGAUUAUUACUGCUGAGAAUUAAAGCAGACUUUUUCAACUCGACGGGAAAUGUUGGGAGGUUUCAGUGAGUCAAGUUACUGUACUACUGUAAGUGUGAGCACUUCGUUUUUGUCAUUACUUUUUUGUGUUUAUUGACUUAACUUUGUUUUGCUUUAUUGUUUGAUUACUUCAACCAACACAUCCUUUUGUUUGUUUUCUGAUUGCAUUAAAAAAUAUAUGAGAAA